CAACCGUGCCUUCCAUGUCCAAAAGCUUCACGAGGCUCCUCCGGCCAACUUUUGUGACCUUUGACUCGGAGACACGACAUGCGAUCUGGCGUUAGAGCGCGCGCGAGGCGUGGCCCUGGCCGCAGACCCGUCACUUCCAACGGCACCGAACUCCUAAUGGCUGUUUGAGGAAUUAAAUAACCGAUUGUGUAAGAGACAAUACAAAAGAGAGGAUGGCAAAGCUGGAGACGUUUUCCAAGCCCCCGAAGGAGACCCAGAUCGUUGAUUCGGAGUCAGAUUCGGAGCAGGAUGACGGUUUGACUCACGCGGAAUCUGCCGGUUCCGGCACGAGCGCGGAGACGGUUCGGCGCGCGCAGGUGAUCCACAGCGGACACUUCAUGGUUUCCUCACCGCACAGUGAUCCAGUACCGCGCAGAAGCAGAAGUUAUUACGACUUCGACACGGUGAACAAGCCGCGCUUACAGACCUACAGCUUCGGGCCGUUCAGCUCCGGCAGACUGAGCAUCGACCCAACACUCACGCGCCUGUUCGAGUGCAUGACACUGGCCUAUAGCGGGAAGAUCGUGUCUCCUAAAUGGAAAUCCUUUAAAGGUCUGAGGCUGCUGUGGAGGGAUAAAAUCCGUCUGAAUAAUGGCAUCUGGAGAGCCUGGUUCAUUCAGUAUGUGGAGAAAAGGAAAAAUCCAGUGUGUGGGUUCGUCACUCCUUUGGAGGGGUCCGAGGCAGACGCCCAUCGCAAACCUGAGGCAAUUGUGCUGGAGGGCAGCUACUGGAAGAGACGGAUAGAAGUGGUGAUAAAAGAGUAUCACAAAUGGAGGAUUUACUACAAGAAGAGGAAACACAAAGAUCAUGUGCCUGUUCUUCAGACGACGACCAUCUGCAGGUCUGGCCUGGAGAAAUGGUCCGAUCAGAUGUACUCAGAGCCAGAACCUUCUCAGGAGGAGAUGUUUGACUUGGACUGCUUUCUAUCAGAUAUCUCAGACACUCUCUUCACCAUGACCCAGAAGCCAAACCCUUGGAGUGAGGAACGCCACAACACCUACACCAGCAAUGCUGAUAUGAUCCAGCCUGGUUUGACUCCACUUCAGCCCAGCUUGGACGAUCUCAUGGACAUUCCUGACAUCUUUGCAAGUUACCGUGGCCAUCCUCUGGUACAGAGUGGUUAUGCUGACUAUGAUUUAUUCGAGAGUUCAUCCAACGCACUUUUUCCCUCAACCCCAUCCACUAUGAUUAAUACACCCCUGAUACACACAGGAUCCCAAAUUUCACAGCCCAAUAUGACAGUCGAGAGCUUGCCGCAAUCCUCAGCAGACAGCAUACCCUGCCUUGGCUAUCCACGCCAACAUCUGACCCCUGAGAUGCCCUUAGAUACCAGCAGAAUGACCUCCAACCCCAAGUUCAAGAGUCAUUUAGAGUACAGCGAGUUCCAUCACUCCCCAGCCAUCCUCCCUGGCAUGGACUCAUACGGACAGUCCUACAGCGUUCCUAGCAUUGCCACUGGACCUUCAAACAUUUCCUCUGCCUCUAUGUCUCAGGAGAACCCUUACAUCUACCCAAGCACCUGCCUGAAAUACAGACACGCUUCAGGCAGCCAAUCGGGGGGCAACGAAGUAACCACACCCACUGUCAUCACACAUACAGGAUCCAUGAAUGUCAUAACACAAGAUCACCAAGACGGCCAAAGCUACGCUAUGCUAAACAUGCUGGACUACCAGCAGACGUCCGUAGCUCCGCCUAUGCCCAGCCAAGCCCACUGCUUCUCCAUGCCACAGCAGGUAGCCGUGGGCUCGGGCAGAGGAAAGCACAAGCAAAAAAUGGGAGGAGGUAAAAGGUUUCCCAUGGCGACGGCUGUGCCUGUUUCUGUGGCUCCACCCACACAGACUAGUUGCCUGGCCAAGCUCUUGUCCUCCAGCCCUCAAGAACGAAAACCGACAGUGGGUUUUGACCCUCCCUUUGUUGGGCUGAAAUCUCAUAGAACUUCUCCCAUCUUAGCAUCCACCAGCAGCAUGCCAGUGGACCAAAGAGGUUCACAGGUAUCCCAGCAUCCCCCUUGGCCCCCUGCCGAAGUGUCACUGCAGUGCCAGAUGCCCAUGAUGGUACAUUCCAAUGUCUCUCACAGCUCCAGCAUCUCAUCCCUCCUUGUCCCCAAAACUGAGAAACUCUCACCUGUCCAAAUCCACGUACCAGAAAGGACAAGUCUAACAGUAAGUUUUUCAGGAAACUUCGGCCCAACAUCCCCAACGAUCCUGCCAGAGAAAACGUCUGAUUCAUCACACACUUUAUCUGGAAUAACCAAGACAGAGCCCAAUAGGACGGACACAAGGCGAAUCACACACAUAUCCGCCGAGCAGAAGAGGAGGUUUAACAUCAAACUGGGUUUUGACACUUUACACAGUCUGGUGACAACAUUAAGCUCUCAGCCCAGCAUUAAGAUCAGUAAGGCCACUACGCUACAGAAGACAGCUGAGUACAUCAGUAAGAUGCAGCAGGAGAGAACACAGCUCCAUGAAGAGGCACAGAGGCUCCGAGAUGAGAUUCUAGCUCUCAACUCUGCCAUCAAUGUGUGUCAGCAGCAGCUUCCUGCCACCGGCGUCCCCAUCACCCGCCAGCGCUUCGAUCACAUGAGGGAAAGGUUUCGAGAAUACGUCCAGGCCCAGACCCUCCAGAAUUGGAAAUUCUGGAUCUUCAGUGUGAUCAUGGAGCCUCUGUUUGAGUCCUAUAACGUCAUGGUGUCUACAGCCAGUGUGGAGGAGAUGUGCCGCACCACGCUCGGUUGGCUGGACCAACACUGCUCCCUACCUGCCCUCAGACCCACUGUUCUGAGUUCACUCCGCUUGCUCAGCACCACCACAUCCAUCUUGACAGAUCCAAGUCUGGUUCCUGAGCAGGCCACUCAGGCAGUCACUCAGAGACAGCUGUCCCACAGCUGCAACCAAUGACCAAAGUGUUUUCUCUCUCUCUCCCUCUCUCUCUCUCUCUCUCUCUCUCUCUCUCUCUGUCUCUCUCUCUCACAAACAUGUCUGCAGCCAAUCAUGUCCCUGACAAAGCUACAACCAAUGAUAGAACUAAUAACAUCAACCUAUGGCUACAAACAAUGAUUAUUAAAAUUCAUUAUUAGAAGAUACACAAAACAACAUAUAUAAUGCCUCCAGCAUGCACAUACAGCCUCAAUAUACAUAUACGCUCACUGGUCACUUUAUUAGGAACACCUGUACACCUGUUUGUUCAUGCAAUUAUCCAAUCAGCCAAUCAUGUGGCAGCGGUGCAAUGCAUAAAAUCAUGCAGAUACAAGUCAAGAGCUUCAGGUACUUUAUGAAACACCAGAUUGGGGGAACAGAAACACAUGAAACACCAGAUUGGGGGAGCAUGUGAUCUCAGUGACCGUGGCAUGUUGCUGAUGCCAAACAGUCUGGAUUGAAUAUUUCAGAAAUUCCUGAUUUUUUGGGAUUUUUUUUUUUUUUUUUUUUUUUUUUUACACAUAACAGUCUCUAGAGUUUACACAGAAUGGUGCGAAAAACAAAAAACAUCCAGUGAGCGGCAGUUCUGCAGACACAGACACUUCGUUGGUGAGAGAGGUCAGAGGAGAAUGACCAGACUGCUUCAAAGUGACACGAAGGCUACAGUAACUCAAAUAGCCACUCUUUACAGCUGUAGUGAGCAGAAAAGCAUCUCAGAAUGCACAAGACAUCAAACCCAUGAUGCUUUUCUAAUAUUUUAGUUACUGUAGCCUUCCUGUCAGCAUGGUUAUUUUUACAUUCAGAAAUUGACGUUUUGUAUUUGUCAGUAAUUAAUACAUCAUUCAGUACAAUUCAGAUAAAAUUAAAAACUCCAAUAAAAUACUACUUGCAAUUUUCAGUGUUUAUCAUCUACAGAUAGCCUUUUGUUAUGAGUAGUCAGCAUAGAGCAUAGACUAUGUUUUUUAAACUCACCAUCAGGUUAAUUUGCUCAUGGGGGUUUCCCCAAAUCAUAUUUGCUUUCCUUUGGAGAAAAAUUGAAUAUACACAAAUUUUUUACCUAGUAAAAAUAUAGUCUGUUAGUCAAGACUGAUGUCUGAGUUUUGCUUCUAUAGGUAAAUUUUGCUAACGUGAAGGCUUAUGCCAACCAAUUAGCAUCAUUUAAGCUGCAUGCUGAAAUAAUCAAGACACCUAAUCUUAAAUCUUUGAUACACACACAUCCUAUUACUUACCAUUAUCUUAAUAAGUAAAGAAAAAUACAUCAUAUUCCUGAAAACAGUGUGAGCCAGAAUGAACGCAGAAGCAUCGAUUUUAAGUACACACUUCUGUUUUGUAAAAGGGUAAGUGUACAAAUUGUAAGACUCUGUUAGCCUCAAGCAUUUGUGCACUAAAUAUGUAUUGACUGGUGUCUUGAUUGAUUGACUACAUUUUGAAUGAAUUUGUGUAAAUUCUAUUACUUCCUCAACUAUUCCUUUAAGAAAAGACAAAAGUGUACUUGCUUUACCACCUUACAAUGACCUCAUACUGACAGUUUCAGGAAAUAUCAAUGACAAAAGCUUUUAACUGGUUAGUGAUUAUUAAAACAGGAACUACUUUUAGGUUUGGCUUUUUCUUCAUUUAGUUGCAGUUGAUUAAUCUGCCUGCUGGUUUCUGCCUUCAUUUCCUGUUUCUUCUCUGCAGGUUAUCCCAUCAAUUUUAUGGAAUGAGAAAGAAUAUUUGUAUUCAUGUUCAGUCUUUUAAAAGGGACUAAAUUUUUGUGCCUUGUUAUGUUUGUUACAAUUGUAUGUAAUCAAGCUUUUAUGGUCUCAGGUUAUUAAUGUGGUGCAAAUGUAUAACAGAAUGUUGCUCUUUAAAAUAAAGCACCAUUUGCCUUUG